CACAGAUGCAUCAUCAAAUCUCAUCCCAACCUCGGCCUCCAGCGCGACAGCACCUGCGACUCUCCUCCUCCUUGCGUUGACCGCCGUCAUCAUCAGCAGCAGCUCAGAGUGGAAAAGACGGAAACAAUGGGCCGCAAGCUGGACUUGUCAGGCCUGACGGACGACGAGGCAGAGCACGUCUUGAAGGUGGUUCAGCGUGACAUGAAGCUGCGAAAGAAGGAGGAGGAGAGGCUGAGUGAGAUGAAGCAGGAGCUCGCGGAGGAAGGCAGCAGAUGCUCCAUCCUCUCCAAGCAGCACCGUUUCAAUGAGCACUGCUGCAUCCGCUGCUGCGCGCCCUUCACCUUCCUGCUCAACCCCAAGCGCCAGUGCCUGGACUGCCGCUACAACGUCUGCAAGAGCUGCUGCACCUACAGCAAGAGGGACAAAGCCUGGCUCUGCUCGACGUGCCAGAAGGGCAGGAUUUUUCGGACGCAGUCGCUCGAAUGGUACUACAACAAUGUGAAGAUCCGCUUCAAGAGGUUCGGCAGCGCCAAGGUCCUGAAGACCCUGUACAGGAAGCACAUCGUUGAGAGAGGAGCACUCUCUGAUCUCCCAGAAAGCAGCGUUCAGGAAGAAAGCAACGACAACGAUGGCAGCAUCUGCGGCAGCGACUCCGUCUUUUACAAGCAGAGCGAAGGACACAGUAUGGCAGAGACCCUCACAGUCGCCCUGCGAGUUGCUGAGGAAGCUAUAGAAGAGGCCAUCGCAAAGGCAGAGGUGUUUCGAGACAGUUUGGAGAAGCAGAAUGAGGCUCGAUACCUGCAGGACCACAAAGAGGAGCUCAUAGAGGAACUCGCCACAACAAUCGUACAGAAAAUCAUCCGGAGGAGGAAGCUGUCAGAGAUACAGACAGAGUAUGACUUUGUGUGGCCCCAGCAUCAAGCUGUGAUCCAGUCCGGGGACCUCCCCUCUCUGUCCCAGCCUCACACCGUGUCACAAGGUGACCCCCUGAAGACCUCGUACCCCCUCUGGCGAUCCCGGUCGGCGUUCUCCCUCACCAGUGACGACUCGCUGGACAAGGGUCCAGAGGAGGAGGAGGCUGCUGGAGCUGGAGGYGGGGGCUUACAGGAGUACGCUUCCCUGAAAAGAGACGCCAAGGCUGCGUGUUUACCUGGCUGGAAGAGCAUGGAUCGUCUGGACAACUCCAGUGCGUCCUCCAUGCUCCAGAGCCCAGACGGGAACUGGAUCGCUCUGCACAGUUCCCAGCUCUCUCGACCCAGCCUGCUYACCAAGAGGAAAAGCCUGGUGUUCAGCGUGCUGGAGAAAGAGUCCAACGUGGUCUCGGCCUACGACGAGAUGGGCUCCAACUCGGAGGAGGAAGACGAAGGCUGCUGGGGCGCGGCGCUGCAGCAGUUCAGGUGCAAGCUGUCGGAUGAGACCUACUACACGGACUCGCAGCACGACCCGGAGUGGACCUACACCCAGCACCUCCCCGUCACCUCGCCGUCCUCGGGACAGUACACCAACACCGAGACGCUCAACUCCGACUCCGAGGCCUCGUCCCUGUUGUCCGCGUACCCCCGCAAACCAGCUCCCAACCUGUCGAAGAAGAAAGGAGCGUCGGAUUCUCACCUGCACCCUCAUCAGCAGCCGCUCUACCAACAGAACUUAUCUCCAUAUCCAGUCCACUCAGAGGCUCUGGAUGUCAACUUUAACCCCAAAGUGUGUUCCCCGCAGGUGAUGGGAGACAGCAGCGAGGCUGAGGAGAAGCAGUCCUUCAGAAGAUCCCGGCGACGCAGGAAAAGCAAAAAGGAGUCACAGGUGGAGCAGAGCAGACCUGGAGGCCCGAGCAGCACGCAGUCCAUCUACCCUUUAGCACAGGAAAACAGCGGUUUUCUCCUCCACGCCCUACUGAAGAGGGGUUUAAGUGAUGAGCAGCCGGUACCUGCCAGCGAACAUGUCAGCACGGCCACAGCAACAGACGCCAUGACGCCCGGCACGAACGAUUUGCUCGCGAUGACUCCAGGUUCGCCGGCCCUCAACCACCCUCAGCCCCAAUCCACGACUUCUGGGCCUCAGUUGUUCCACAGGAGCGCCAGGCUUGAACCCGGCUCCGGAGACCCUUUAGAAGAAGAGAUAAGAACCCGACUCAGUCAAMUGGUCGGCCGAGGCAACAGCAAAGACAUCAGCUCGUCGGACGAGGAGUGCGUGCAGACGCCCAACAAGCAGCCGGUGAAAGAAAGCGAGAGACAGAAAGACAAGCCGAGGCCUAAAGACACCGAGGGACAACGACAGCGCUCAGGGGACAAGAGAGAAAAAGGAAACGGAGCCGCGGAGCGGACGUACGGACAGGAGGCCAAAAGAGGAGCGAGGGCAGGGAGGAGCGCGUCGGUGCGGGAUGAAGUCCAGGAGAGGAGGCUGGAGGCGGGAGGAGAGAGUCUGGAGGAGCRAGUAGCUGAGCAGGAGCAGAGGCGAGGAGACAGGAGAGAGGUGAACAGAGUAAGUAAGAGACAACACAAGAGAGACUCAGAGAAGSAGACUGAAGUCCGGAGGAGCGGAUCCACCGCCAGUUCGCCCGCUGUUACACCGUCUGCCCAGGAGGGGGCGCAGUCCAACAACCAGGUGGCAGCAGAAGUAUUCGGCAGCCUCGCUCUGCAGCAUCACCACCGAGGUGCUGAAGGUCCUGAACGCCACAGAGGAGCUGAUAGGGGAGGCAGGCGGGGAGAGCUACACCCCGUCCGAGUCCAUGAGCGCCUCGCCCAUCUCCAGCAGCUCAGAGACCCGCAAGCUGGACCAGAGGCUCACCAAGAUGGAGGAGAACGUCUACCUGGCUGCUGGCGUCGUGUACGGACUGGAGGGGGCUCUGGGGGAGCUGGAGCAGUGCGCCCGYGGCAUCAGCAGUGGGACCACAGACACCCAGCUGGCUUUUCUGGAGGACCAGGUGGCCACAGCAGCAGCUCAGGUCCAGCAGUCAGAACUACAGAUCUCAAACAUCGAGGCGAGGAUAUCAGCUUUGAAAACAGCUGGGUUAAAUGUGACCGUCUGCAAUCGCUUCAAGUUAAAACCAAAAUCUAAGCCUGAGACUCUGGACUCAUCGCGCCAUCAGAGGAGGAAACUUCCUGCUCCUCCGUUAAAAGAAAAGCUGGAGUCAGAGCAGCAGGUGGGAGCUCUUCGGCCAUAAUGACGGACAGACAGCAGCACAACAACGUCCCCUCAGGGCCACUUUUGAGCCCCCACCCCCGGGACAGGGGCCCUUCACAUCUAGUGCCUUGACGCAGCAUCUGCCUCCAGCUGUAGGCCAAACGGGGGCCAAAGACCUGCCCUGCACCCGGCCCUCAUCCCUCAGUCCCACCUCACAGGCAACAAGGACUGGCUCUUUUCCUCUUUUUUUUAAAUUUUAUUUUAUAUUUUUUUCCCACGGUGAUCAUCCGUUUUCUAAACACAGGAUGCGUCCCGUUACGCUGACUCAGCAGUUUCUGCCUUAAAAUCUGCAAACACUUCAUAUUACAAGUGACUCAGAAAAAAACACAAUAAUCUGUACAGGCAAAGAUAAAAUGUGAUUUUAGUUGUUUAACGUGAAAUGAAGCUGUGGAGAAUUGUGUGAAACUUUGUGAUCCGGUGUUUCAACAGAAGGAUGAAAGAAACAUUUAUUCACCCGUUCGAAGAUUUCUUUCUUUUUUUUUACUCAAAUGCUUUCAAAUGGUGAUCCACCACUUCAAAAGUUUGAUAUUUUACCUUUUAUUUUUGUUUGUUUUGUUUUAAUUAAACCCUCACAGUAUCUUAG